GGUUACUCCCCAUCCUGUCUCUGAUCGGGCUGUCUGUGUCCCAGACUCGGGUCUCAGCCGAGGGUAUAACGGAUUUACCGGUCCCUGUGGUGUCAGCCCGUCCGCCCCGCUGUGGGUGGAGGCCGAGGCCUGCUACAUCCCGCAAGCCGGGGCCUCGAGUACACCCAGUCCCCGGGAUCCUGCACGGGUAAGCCCGCCUGACCUGGGGGCAAUGCAGACCCCACCACCAUGGGAAAGCAAAAGCCACCUCCAAGGCAACAAGACAGAAUUAAACAGAGUCUGUAGCAACCGUCACAUAUGUACUACUAAGGCAAAAUGAGGAGUGACUGACUACUUGUGAUCUGCCCUUGUAGCCUGACUUCUACCUCCAUGCUAUGACCUAGAGUUGUUCAAGAACAUACGUUUGAACAAGUGACCCAGCUACAGUCAGAGAAUGCAAGAACAGAAUCACUUGGGACGCUCUCGGAAUACAGUGCUGUUGCGAAAUAACACUUCCUACAUGACCACUAAGAAUUACGAGCGGCCCACCAUAGCCUCGAAAUCUCGUUCUCCAUCCCCGUAUACGAGGAGGCGUAUGUGUGAGCUGUCUGAAGAUGCACGGCAAAGGCUGGCCCAUCUUAAUCUCGGUCCAUACGAAUUUAAGAAGGAGACUGAUAGCAAACCGCCAUUUGUGGUCAGACAUAUGAAAACAUUCAGUAUUCCUCAUGACACUUCAUUUACCUUGCACUCACCCAAAGGAAGUAGAAGACCAGAAGAAUGGGACGUAGAGUACAACGAUCCGUCUUUAAUUGGCAGCUACAGGCCUGUGUUCUCUAAAAUUAAUACGAAGCAACACAUGGAUGACCUUGAGGGGUCCUUGGAUAGCUUAAAUGACCAUCUGCUUUCAGAGCCAGCUGGCAAGAUGUCUCUUUCUUCGAGGCUUUCACUGUCUCACUCUGCGCCAUCAUCCAUGCAGAAACGCCCACCAAGCCCAGUCCUAAGCCGAUCCUCACUCAGGGACAGAUUUCAAUCUGAAAGUAGAUCGACGGCCAACUGGGAGGAGAUUCAUGAUCGGGUAAAAAAUAUGUUAAAGACUCACGGUGCCAGGCAGCGACUUCAUUUUGACAAGAGCGUGUUCGAUAAAAACCAUCAUAGUCGUGAUUCUUUGUGCAAUGACUCUCUUUGCGUCAGUGACCUGCAGACCAGUCAGUCGUCUCCGGUGGAGAAGUUAGUUCACCUGGACAAUGGGGAAUACUGGUCUAAAAGAGCAGCCGUGUACAGAGGAAAGACUCACAGAGAAGUGUUUGAAGAGAGCAUGGAGAAGAUAUAUAGGAACAUGUACAAGAAAGCCUCGGAGUCUAGUGCAUGUAUGAAGAACCAAUAUUCCCUGUAACUCCUUUCGCAUUGGCUCUGUGUCGCAAAAUGUCACUUCACUAAUCAUUCCUUGCCAUGAGCAGGUUGAUCCUGUAUCUAUGGCUUUAUAAACCUAUAUAGUAUUGAGUUUUGUCUUUUUUACAUUGGGGUGGAUUAGCUUAACAUUGGAGGAUGUUUUUGAAUUCUUCUUAUUUAUUAUAAAUGCUCAGAUACCGUUCCAGAGUCCUUUCAUUACAGGACUCCUAUCAUUUUAAUUGGAUAGCCGUGAUGUGAGUUGUAGAAAAUGAUACUAAUUGAACAUUCCUGCUGUGGUACGAGUUAUACUGUAUUCAUUGACCUGUGUCUUUUCUGUCAUGGCAGUCCUGCUUUGAAGUACAGAUCAGAGUUCAAUUUUACUGUUUACUUUUAUAUAGACCUUAUGGUAGCCCAAGGGUAGGCAACAUUCGGCACUCCAGAUGUUGUGGACUACAUUUCCCAUAAUGCUCUUACAGCCAUAAUGCUGGCAAUGCAUCUGGGGAGAUAUAGUCUACGGCAUUUGGAAUAUAGAUCUCUUCUGCUCAUAAAACACAUGAAUAAUAGCCAAUUCUGGUAGUGAAGCUAAGCCACCAUUCAAUUAUGCAAGUGUUUAGCAUAAUAUUUUAUAAUAUGUGUCUUUGCGCAUUUUCUACCUGAAAUUAGCCUUAAAGAAACGCUAGGCAGGAAUGAUGGGCGAGAAUGAUGGAGGUAAAUGCAGUGGAUGGGCGAAUGAUGGAGGUAAAUGCAGUGGAUGGGCGAAUGAUGGAGGUAAAUGCAGUGGAUGGGCAAAUGAUGGAGGUAAAUGCAGUGGAUGGGCGAAUGAUGGAUGUAAAUGCAGUGGAUGGGCGAAUGAUGGAGGUAAAUGCAGUGGGUGGGCGAAUAAUGGAGGUAAAUGCAGUGGGUGGGCGAAUAAUGGAGGUAAAUGCAGUGAGUGGACGAAUGAUGGAGGUAAAUGCAGUGGGUGGGUAAAUGAUGGAGGUAAAUGCAGUGGGUGGGCGAAUAAUGGAGGUAAAUGCAGUGGGUGGGCAAAUGAUGGCAGUAAAUGCAGUGGGUGGGCAAAUGAUGGAAGAAAAUGCACGGGGCAGAAAGAGCCUGCUGGGGGUUCAAAAUACUCCUAAACCAUAGUCUCCUAAAGUCACUUACUUAAAGAUUUAAUAAUGCAUUUGCUUUGUAAUAAUAAAGAUAUUCCUUAAAGUGGCUCUGUCACAGUCUUUGCAUCAUUUUUGGGGAGGGAGAAGUGACAGAGCCACUUUAAUAUGUCCUAAAUGCACAGCCAUCUAACCCCAUCUAAUGUUUCUAUUUUUUUUAAAGAAAAGUUUUUACCUUCAUAUUACCUACUAUUUUAUUAUGUAUUUGUACUGUAUUUUAAAUAUUGUUAAAUGUUUUAAUAACUGAUGAAAACGCAGUCCCUCUGGUUUCAAGUAUUAAGCAUAUUUAAGCAUAAUCUAUAUUGUUACACUGUUUAAAUAUCACGUGCACUGUACUUACCAAUGGUGGAAAUUAAAUGGACACUUUAGUUCUAA